CCCGCCCCAUCGAGCCGCCCGCGCUCGACUGCUUCCGUCUGGCGGCUGCAGCAUGGCGGCGGGGGCGGCUGAGGCGGUCGCGGAGGUGGUGGAGGUCGGCUCGGCGGGGCAGUUUGAGGAGCUGCUGCGCCUCAAAGCCAAGUCCCUCCUUGUGAUCCAUUUCUGGGCACCAUGGGCUCCACAGUGUGCACAGAUGAAUGAUGUAAUGGCAGAGUUAGCUAAAGAACACCCUCAAGUGUCAUUUGUGAAGUUGGAAGCUGAAGCUGUUCCUGAAGUAUCUGAAAAAUAUGAAAUUAGUUCUGUUCCUACCUUUGUGUUUUUCAAGAAUUCUCAGAAAAUCGACCGAUUGGAUGGCGCACACGCCCCAGAGUUGACCAAAAAAGUUGAGCGCCAUGCAUCUAGUGGCUGCUUCCCACCCAGUGCUGACGAGCACCUCAAAGAGGACCUUAGUCUUCGCCUGAAGAAGUUAACUCACGCUGCCCCAUGCAUGCUGUUCAUGAAAGGAACUCCUCAAGAACCACGCUGUGGCUUCAGCAAGCAGAUGGUGGAGAUUCUUCACAAACAUAACAUUCAGUUUAGCAGUUUCGAUAUCUUCUCAGAUGAAGAAGUUCGGCAGGGGCUCAAAACCUAUUCCAACUGGCCCACCUACCCUCAGCUCUAUGUUUCUGGAGAGCUCGUAGGAGGACUUGAUAUAAUUAAGGAACUGGAAGCAUCUGAAGAACUAGAUACAAUUUGCCCCAAAGCUCCCAAAUUAGAGGAAAGGCUCAAAGUGCUGACAAAUAAAGCUUCUGUGAUGCUCUUUAUGAAAGGAAACAAACAGGAAGCAAAAUGUGGAUUCAGUAAACAAAUUCUGGAAAUACUGAAUGGUACUGGUAUUGAAUAUGAAACAUUUGACAUACUGGAGGAUGAAGAAGUGCGGCAGGGACUGAAAACAUUCUCAAACUGGCCAACAUACCCUCAGCUGUAUGUGAAAGGAGAGCUUGUUGGAGGAUUAGAUAUCGUUAAGGAACUCAAAGAAAAUGGUGAAUUGCUGCCUAUACUGAGAGGAGAAAAUUAAAGUGUUACACAUGGUACCCAACAAUUGCAAGGAGUAUUUAAUUACAGUGGAGCAGUUCAUGAUAUAGUCCUUGAAGUGGACUAGGAGUAGAAAAAUGCUUCUCACUCAGCUCGCUUUGUGGAUUUCACAAGGUUGUGCUAAAUGUAUGUUACAUUUUUUUUCCACCAAAAAUAGAAUGCAAUAAACAUCUUCAAAUUCAAUUAAAAA